CCUCCCAGCCGACAUGCCGCACACCGGCCAGGCGGGCGUGAACCAGCUGGGCGGCGUGUUCGUGAACGGGCGGCCGCUGCCCGACGUGGUGCGCCGCCGCAUCGUCCAGCUGGCGCUGCUCGGCGUGCGGCCCUGCGACAUCUCCCGCCAGCUGCUCGUGUCGCACGGCUGCGUGUCCAAGAUCCUGACGCGCUUCUACGAGACCGGCUCCAUACGGCCCGGCUCCAUCGGAGGCAGCAAGACCAAGGCUUCCCGGGGACUGCAGAUGUCUUCAGGAGCAAUGCGCCCAGACUGUGGAAGCUUACGGUACCAUGCAGCUGCAGAUCUGGACGGAUAUAAAACACAGGCUAGACAUUACCUUCAAAGAUCAUGUAGAAGUAGCUUUUUACAUAACACCCUUUUAUAA